GGGGAUCAUGACAGCAGCUUCAGCCAUCUGCGGCUUCCAUCCAGCCGUCUGCGGCUUCCACGCCGCUGUCUGUUUGUGCUGGGGGGCAGCUUCAGCCGUCUGCAGCUUCCAUGCUGCCGUCUGUCUCCGUUGGGUACUCUGAGGAGUCUGUCCGGCCUUCUGCGGCUUCCACGCCGCCACCUGUUCCUGCCGGAGGCUUAGGAGAGCCCAUCCAGCUGUCUGUGCCAUUAUCAACGCUAGCCACACCGUCGCCUGUGACUCCACCAACCAUGGCUCAACCACUGGUUGAAUCACUAGCUCAACCCUCCACGACUUCCAUGCCGCCACCAGCUGAACCACCUGCAACUGCCACACUGCCAUCUGGGCCAGUGACGUCUCCGCCAGAGUCAUAUUAUCACGUCUGGACAUGUCUGGCAUCUGGCUGUCGUGAGGAGCAUUGGCGGCAUGGGUGCUCCUUCCUCCUCGAAGGCAGAACCAAUGGGCUCAGCAGAAAAUCCUUCGGUGGGCUGGACAGUCAAUCCUCCGGCGGACCGAGCUGA